CCUCCGAGCGCGGGAGCAGGCAUUGGGCGUCCCAAUACCAGAUUGGUGCACGGAAGACACGGGUGUCUCCUCGCAGAGCUUUACUUUUCGAAACUUGGGGGUGGUUUUUACGCUGUUCUGGCUGCUGUUCGUCGCGGUGGUGUUCCUGUUGGUUUCCGAGACGCUGCGUGCCCGGCUGUGGUUCGUGGUGCCUUGCGACCUACGCUCCUGCGACUUCGUGGUGGUAGAGGAGUGGGACGUCUGCGGACGAGAUGAGAAAACGGUUUUGGACCACCUGGUUCAAAGGACGAGCCAAGAACUCCAUAGUAGUCAGCUCCACCAGUCCGGCAAAACCAUAAAUGAUUGUGCUACUAAAACCGAAUUGCUCGCCGCGGACGAGGAUCUCGAACAGGGGGAAGCUCGCCACCGUACGACCAGCGAAGAUGCCAAAAAUCUUCGCGCAGCACCAGCGCAGGAAGGAAAUGGUGUGUCAGUAUUACCCAGCACGGCAGACAGAAGACAUGCGCUGCACCGGGAGUUUUCAGCGCGACUGCUGGAACUGAGCACGGACCCGGUGGGCAGUUCUGCGGCAUUCGAGGCAGUCGCGCCUGUUCGGAGCGGGGGCAAAAGUGCACCUUGGAGGGUGAAGCGACGGCAAGUGGGAGAGAACUGGCUCAUGAUCAAGCGGUUGGCUUACUCGAUGGAGGCACAGACGCCGGAGGAGGAAGCGGAGCUAGGCCAGUACUUUUCCACGGUGAACAAGACCAUUGACUCCCCGCGAUUUUGCUGGUUCCGGUGCGUGCGGUUUCUUUACUGCCCGGAGCGGAACUGUUUCGUAGAGCCGGAAAACGAAUUCCUGGACAAAGGCAUGACCACGGCCGAAGUGCGGUGCGUCUACGAGGAAAUCGAGCCCUGUGACCGCGUUGAAAGGCACUGCGACGCUCUUUCCGAAGAUGCCGUGCGGCCGUUGCGGUGGACAUCGCCUCCUGCGGAGAAAACUCCUAGUGCCUCGCCGGCGGGACAUCUUCGAAACCCGAGAAAUGAUUGUGCGUAUGAGCAGUGCGGCGCACGCUCCAAUGACGGUUCUCCCGCACCGCGCGUUAUCGAGCCGAGCACGGUUGGUACGGCCCACAAACGACCGAACAGUAGGUUCCUGAGCACCAAGAAGUACGACAUCCACGGCGAGAACACGAUUGAAGUUGAGGCGGCGGACCUGCCGUACUUCUUGCGGCUGGAGUUUCUAGACUUUCCGACAAUUUUCCAGCUGCACUGUCUCUGGGGCUCCAGCAUCUUCUCGAACUACAUCCUGGCGAUUGUCAAUCUCACCCUCUGCCUUAUCUUCGGCUGCAUGAACGCAUGGAACACGCGGCAGAGCCACCUGGAGAUGCAGGAAUUGGUGGCCAGCAACGGCAGUGACCCGGUUCGAGUCUUCCGGUACAACUUUCCCAGCGCCCGAGCGCAAGCCCGCGGAGGAAAUGGGCAACAUCCUAAUCAGCAGGCGCAGAUGUGGUCACCUUUGCGGUCCACCCCAGACGCCGAGGCGGCCGGAGAAGGAGACGGGGGCGGACUGCUGACCACACCGACAAAAACUAGCUACAACUUGGCCGCACCACAACCGCCACAAUCCGAAAGGGAUAAUUACACUUCGCCGCCCCCAUCCGCGCAGCGCGGGGGGAACAAUCUGCAGUACAGCGAUGCAGGGACGACAUCAAUGUGCCCGGUGCAGAAGCGCGUGACGCGUCGCCUGCGGCUGAGUGGAACGACACGGCGGAACAGUCGCCAGGAGUUCUCGGUGCUAGAGGAGUCCGAGGAAUACUUUUCCGCCAGCUUUGACAUUGCCACCACGGAAGCGGGCAAGCUCGUUCCAGGAGACCUGAUCGAGAUCGACGCCGCGCAAACGGUGCCCUGCGACUGCGUCGUGUUGCAUGGCGCCGUUGUCGUGAAUGAGAGCAAUCUGACCGGGGAAGCCAUGCCCAUCCAGAAAUUCGCACUGGAGGAGACCGAGGAGGAGAUGUGCCUGGAAAAGCACGGCAAGAAAAACAUCCUUUACGCCGGCACCAGCGUGAUGCAGAGUCAGCGAAAGGAAUCAGCUGCCGAGCGGCAGCACGGGAACAACAGUGCUCGUUUCCGACAGGAACGUAGCACAGCAAGGAACUUGCCCGGCUGUAUAAUUAGUGCCGCACCAGCACAAACAGCAUCACUUCACGGCUCUACCACGACAGCCGACGACGCCAGAGGCGGCGAUGUAGCGGACCAGUUGGGUGGAGCGUUCUCUGGACCGCCUCCUGCCAUCGCGGUGGUACUGGCGACAGGGGCCCAGACCGUGAAGGGCCAGAUGAUUCGCCGGAUCUUGUACGCGCCUGAAGUGCGGUUCGAGCUGUACGACAGUCUGCCGUACGCGAUGCUACUGGUGGGGACGGUCUGCUUCUUCCUCCUGUUCGUGGCGGUGUUUGCGCAGCCGCAGUGGCAGCUGCUGCUGGUGAGUUACUUUUUCGACAGCAUCUGCGCGUUCUCCCGGAUCAUCUCGCCCCUGAUUCGCGUGGGCUUCAAAAUCGCGCAGCGCAGCGCCGCGAACCGCAUGAAGAGCGGUCCGCACUGCAUCCAGUCGCUCGACUACUCACGCAUCCCGGUGGCGGGAAAGCUGGAGGUACAGUGCUUCGACAAGACCGGCACCCUCACCGAGGAGAGCCUCGAUUUCUACGGUGUGGAGCUCGUUGCAAAGACGACAAGCAAAGGAGAAAAAGGUGAAGAGUCAAGCCGCGGCGCUUUAUCGACGGAGACGACUCCUUCUGUUACCGGACAAGGGACGGUGGAUAUACCGUCUUCGCAAAUUAUGUUCUCGCAGAGGAACAAUGUCCAGGGAGCAGCAAAUGCGGCAAAGAAUGACUGGACUGGACUGCAGCGCAACGACGCCCGGGGGUGCACAACAGUGGAGGAUUUUGAGCAUCUGCUUGACCUCGCUGCCUCCACCUGUCACACCGUUACCCGGCUGAAGGCCGACAACUCCUUGGCGGGAAACAAAGUAGAGUGUGAGCUUGUGAGCCACUACAACGUAGAUUUUCGGCCGCCAAGCGAGAGCGACAGCGUGCCCGCGCCGCCGCGUGUGGGGGAUGUUGUACUUCCAGAUCCUUCAUCCCUGAAGAAUUACGGAGUACAAACAGUGUCCGCUUCAUCUCGUACAGCAGGUUCUUUGUCUUUCGGCGCGCAGCAAGGCGGUGAAGUUGUAGAUGUCCUCGGCGCCGAGCCGGGCUCUUCGGCGUGGAAUCGCG